ACUGGAGGAUGUGUGGUGUCCACGGCGCGGCCUACGGCAAAGGGAGUUACUUUGCCAGAGAUGCGUCCUACUCCAACAUAUAUGCCAGGGCCAAAAGAAACCUGAACAAGAUCAUGUUUGUUGCUCUGGUCCUGGUGGGGGAGUACACCAAGGGAAGCAGCAGCUACGUCCGGCCCCCACCAAAAGGAAACGGCACAACCCUCUACGACAGUUGUGUUGACAGCAAGAGCGACCCCAGCAUCUAUGUUGUCUUUGAAAAACAACAGAUUUAUCCAGAGUAUAUCAUCGACUACUCAUAAGUCACAAUGCUGUUGUUUUCCUUUGCCGAAUGGUCAGGGGUAAAUCUCUAUUAAGGGAUGAUCUUUACUUUGACUAGAAGCAGUUAGUGGCUUUGUUAGAGGUUUGUGGAGUUCUACAGUGGUGGAAGAAGUAUCAACACCACAAUGUAAGAAUACAAAUAAAAGUUCUGCUUUCAAAAUCUUAA